CUUAUCGCAAUGUCAACUAACACACACUCCAUAUCUACUUUCGAUGGUGGUGUCCUAGCAAGCAUCCGCCAGUCCAUCGCUGAUUUUCUUCGGCGUUGCGGUUUGAAAUACAUGGACGUCACAAUCGAUGAAGCAUACCAUUCUGAAUGCUGCCAGGAGGCAAUCAACUGUGGCUUUCCGAUGGACGGGAAAUAUUCCAUCCACGAAUACAUGGACGUCGGUGUGGCCAUGGCGUCCAACGCUUACACCCACCUUCCUGAUGCAGCCAGGAUGUGGAUGUGCCUGUUCACUGCUAUCGCCACCCGCAUUGAUGACAAGGUGGUCAGGGGAGAAGACAUGAUUGAUGUCUACCAUUUCAAUGAGCGGUUUGUGAGCUGCCAACCACAGGGUGAUCCAAUUCUGAACGCACUCGAUGUGAUCUUGCGUGAGAUCGCUAGUCUUCAUUCCCCGCUGGUAUCGAGUCUUAUAACCGCGUCCACGCUCAACUUUAUGGUUGCAAACUGCCUUGAUUUUGAGACUGAAGACAUGCAGAUCUCGCCCAAGGCUCCCUUGUACCCAGAGUAUUCCAGGCUUCUAUCAGGCUUGGUGGAUGGAUAUGUCUUAUUUAUCUUCCCUUCCAUGCUCCCAACCACAGAAUACAUUCAAUGCAUGCCGGAUCUAAGGAUUGUCGUAAACCACACAAAUGAUAUACUAUCUUACUACAAGGAAGAGAUGCAAGGCGACAACGCAAACUACUUGUCACUCAUGGCAGCCUCUCGUACCUCCACCAAGCAGGAUGCUCUGCUCGAACUGAUUGAGAAAACUGUACAAGCGCAUCACAAUAUCCUCGAAUGCCUCAGACCUGGUUCAGAGGCCUAUGAUGCCUACGUCAGUUUUUUCGAAGGAUAUGUCAAAUUCCAUGUUGCCUUGAAAAGGUACAAGCUGAAAGAUAUCAUGGCAGAGAUAUCCUCUUCUUGAUGGAUGUUCAUUCCCCUCCUUGCUGUGCCCUCGCGCUGUCUGUCAGUGGGGGUGU